AUUUUUAUCAUUUUAUUAUUAAAUAUAAUAUUUAGUAAUGGACAGAGCAGCGAUUCUAAUUUACGUAUGGCUUUGCUUUUAGAAGGUCAAGUCGACGAUUUAGGUAUUAAUUAUGCAAUCAAUCUUGGUUUGGCUGAAGCUGAAGCAGAUGUCGAACAACCAGCUAAAGUUUUAAAUUUAAUCAGUGGUUACGAUUCAACCUAUGACUCAAUUCAAAGUCUCAUCGAUGAUAAAUAUAACUUAAUUAUCACCAGUUCAAGUUCACAAAGAUCAGCAGCUUUAGAUAUCGCAAAAAAGAACCCAUCAGUUUACUUUUUCAUUUAUGGUAACAUUGCCGUUAAAAACCUCCCAAAUGUUAAUGUCGGUUCAUAUCAUUACAAUUUAGUUUCUCCACACUAUGUUUUAGGUUAUAUUGCUGGUGGCACAAAUAAGAAUGUUGGUAUGGUCGUUCCAGGUUUACCAGUCGAAAACUAUUAUACCGCCAAUGCUUUCUUCACUGGUAUGAGAAAUAGAAAUAGCUCUGCCACAUUAUCUGUUGUCUCUACUUCAUCUUAUAGUGAUCAAGAUACUGCCAGAGGUGCCGGUCAAAUUCUCUUAGACAAAGGUAUUCAAUUAGUUUCACAAAGUCAAACUGAUAUGUUAGUCCCACAAAUGUUUUUAAAUGAAUCAAAAUAUGCCUUUGGUACCAAUGGUUUCCCACAAUCAAGCAUUUAUGGUAAUCGUAUUCUCCAAUCAGUCGUCCACAACUACCAAGAGCCAUUCAAGAAGGUUGCCAACAUGGUCAAAGAUGGUACCUGGGUCGAUAACUAUCAAUACUAUGGUGAUUUUUCAAAUGGUUUCUUUACUUUAGAUUAUUUCUCAUUCUUAAUUGAACCAGCUGAAGUUGCAAAUAUUCAAAAAUUAGUUGAUGAUUUAGUCAAUCUUCAACAACCAUACUUAACUCAAAAUGGUGUCCUUUAUAAUAUUAACGAAUUAUUAAAUCAAAAAACUUUAUUAGAUGGUAUUACUGACGAUGGUUACUAUGCUGUCCCAACCGUUGAAGUCUAUGAAAACUCUGGUGUAAACAAGACCUUUUUAGCUUUAUCAAUUGUCGAAAUGGCCGUUUGCUUAAUUAUUGGUUUAGUUGUUGUUAUCUUUUUCUACAGCAACUUAAAUAUCAUUUACUCUACCAUUCCAUUCUGUGUCACUAUCUUAUUAGGUGCCUCAUUAGUCGCUGUUGCCAUUUUACUUUGGAAUCUUAGAGACUUAAAUGAUCAAAUCUGUACUUCUAAAAUCUGGAUGGCUUCACUUGGUUAUAACAUCUUAAUUGGUUUCAUUAUCAUCAAAGCCACUUUAAUCUACUUGAAGUUCCUUUCAAUGGAAAAGAAAGGUGGUAACCAAAAGAUCUCACCAGUUCCAUAUCUUCAAAUCGUCCUUUGGUUCGUUCCAUUUUUAAUUAUCGAUGUUAUUCUUUUAAUCAUUUACAGCACCUCAGGCCAACCAGGUAAAAUCGAUUCAUUGGGUUUAGAUGGUAUUGGUAGAUAUGAAUACACUCAAAAUUGUGUAAACAACUUCACCGGUGAUAUCAUCCUUUACAUUAUCUUAGUAUUCCACGGUUUACAAUUAUUAUAUGGUUGUUUCAUUGCUUGGAAGACUCGUGUCAUCGAUUUAGAAGAGUUUGUUGAAGCUCACGAUUUUGCCACUGCUAUUUAUUUAAUUACUUUCUGUAGUUUUAUUAUUGUAAUUCUUAUGGUCGGUGUUACCAGUACUCGUAAUAGAAACACCAUUAUCUCUGCUUGUGCUAUUUUCUCUACUUUCUCUUGUGUACUCAUCAUCUAUGGUGCCAAGUUCUGGAAGAUUUAUAAACCAGUCGAAGAUGAUGGUUUACCACAAAUUAAAUUAAAAUCACUCAAGAACGGUGGUAGUGGUAGCGGUGCUUCAUUAUCAUCAAAAUCAAAGAAAUCAUCAUUAUCAAGUGUUGGUGCUAAAUCAUCAGGUUCUGGUGUUAAUACUGGUACUCCAGGUCAAAGUGCUAUGGCUAGUAUCAAUAUUCAAAACUUUGUAAAUCCAAUUGAAGCUAAUUCCAGA